AUUUGCGAGUCGGUGGGAGAUUGCGAAUGGACUCUUCUAAUUCUCGAUGCAGCAUUGCCGAUGAGCUCAAUGCGAAGCAGCCAGAAUCCCAUGGCAUUGAUGGCCCUCUUCCAUUCGGCGCCUCUGCCGGCAUUGAAAACUGGGAGCCAAGCACAAAAUUCCAUGUACCGCCACGACAUGUAACGAUCGAGCUGUAGCAGCAAGAGACUGCGGACCACGAGUGGGAGUCGGAGUCGCGUUGCGGCCCCACUGGCCUCUUCAUAAACAUCUCCAGAACGAUACCCCGUUUACAGUGAGUCGAUUGAUGGAGGAAGACGGCUAAUGAUCGAGGUGUACACACCGACCGCCAUGGAGCUGUCCCUUCGAUUCGUGUCCGCCGGGAAAGGAUGCAUAUUCCUGGAGUCCAUUGCAUAGUCCGCACUGGAGUUUGGACGAUCAGAGUACCGCAAGCCUCUCCCAAACGUGAGGAGCCGCCGUUCGAGUAGAGUUCAAGGACUUAUAGCGGGCGAACGCGUCGCAGAGUUAGAGGGCU